AUGGGUACUAAUAUGAACUCUCAACUCUCCUCUCCAGAUGGCAGAUACAAGGAAUCUUUGAUCCCGUUGUGCAAGAUGAGGAUUAAGGCAUCGGGUCUUUCUAUUCAGGCUCUUCUGUUAGUCAGAGGCUUUGGAGCAAGCGAGUACCUCUACCGUCGCCUCUGUAAAGCGAACCCACGCCUGCUCAUCAACUUCUCAAGUUCCAAGCUUGCUCCGGAGAGAUUGACAAAUAAGAUUGAGAAGCAUUGCGAGUUGCAAGUUGAUCUCCGCAAGGUGCCAAAAAAGUUAUUCGAAAAGCACACCAACAGCGAUGGCCAGUCUUACUACAAGAUAGUCUACGACAUUGCAGUUAUCCCCACCUCCGGCUACAUGCUUUUCCAGUUGGAGUUCAACGGGGUCUCGUAUGGCAGUGCACAGGCAGACUACUGA